AUGUUCAAGAAGGCCGUGAAAGACCACUCCGCAGGUCCUGUGAAGCCCCUUCAGUCCAAUCUAUUUCGCAGCAAUGGCGUCGUGCAGCCGAAGCCGACCCCACCUCCACAAUCAAUAGGCGUUAAACGGAAAAUCGAGAUGAGCAGUGCUGGAGAAUCUGCAUUAGGGACCCUACACAGUGCUGUUUACUUCGAUGAGAAUGAUUUCGAUGAUGAUGUAGACUUGGACUUUGAAGAACCCGAACCCUUCAUUCCGCCGACGAAAAUUGUGAGACCGAGCAUUGGGGGCCAAUCUACUGCGACGUCGAAUGCCAAUUCCACGGGAAAUAACGUUUCAAAAAGCGCGGAAAGAGUUACAGUUGAUUUGAUAUCCUCCGAUAUAAAAUAUCCUGAAUUACCUCCAGUCUCCAACGAUCACGUUCCCCCGUCGAGUAGCGUUCAGAUUCCAUGGUCCUCCUCGCCCCCUCACCACCUCCAGCAACCGAAUAGUAGUCGAACAUUACCAUGGCUCACCAAGAACGAGGAAUCGACAAAGGUGGAGGAAUAUAAGAAGCCAGAAACCCCUGCUCGGCCCAAGCCCACUGCUAUCUGGAACAAGUCCGCCAGUGCAAUCAAGGAAGAGCAAAAAGAGCUACGGCGACAACAUAAGAAAAACCAAAAAGGCGAUACAAACUCCAAGCAACUUCAAACUCGUCCAAAGAUUGCGUCCUUAUUUCUCAGUGAUGAGCAGCGUCAUGUCCUCGACACGGUCGUUAACCAAGGCAAAAGCAUAUUCUUUACCGGUUCUGCCGGUACGGGUAAGUCCGUGCUUAUGAGAGAAAUCAUCAAACAGUUACGGAGCAAAUAUCGAAAGGAGCCCGAUCGUGUGGCAGUCACAGCUUCUACCGGUCUUGCUGCCUGUAACAUUGAGGGUGUCACUCUGCACAGUUUUGCUGGUAUUGGGCUGGGUAAAGAGCCUGUUCCAGAGUUGGUCAAGAAAAUUAAGAGAAAUCAAAAAGCACGGAAUCGCUGGCUUCGGACCAAGGUGCUCAUCAUCGAUGAAGUGUCUAUGGUCGAUGGUGACUUGUUCGACAAGCUUGAAGAAAUCGCCCGAAGAAUCAGAAAUAAUGGCCGCCCAUUCGGAGGCAUUCAACUUGUCGUUACUGGCGAUUUCUUUCAAUUGCCUCCAGUGCCUGAAGGUAGCAACCGAGAGGCGAAGUUUGCCUUUGCAGCGGCUACUUGGAAUACAUCGAUCCAGCAUACUAUUCUCCUCACACACGUUUUUCGUCAAAAGGAUCCUGAAUUCGCCGAAAUGCUGAACGAAAUGAGACUGGGUAAACUCACCCCUCGGACAAUCGAAACGUUCAAAUCACUGUCCCGUCCGCUUAACUUUCAUGAUGCACUUGAAGCGACGGAAUUGUUUCCUACUCGUCAAGAAGUAGAACAGGCCAACAGCGCACGGAUGAGCAGGCUCUCUGGCGAGACAAUGACCUUUCACGCAGUUGACUCAGGGACAAUUCAGGACGUCCAAUUUCGUGAAAAAUUGCUGGCCAAUUGCAUGGCACCACCUGUCAUACACCUAAAGAAAGGUGCACAGGUAAUGCUGAUCAAAAAUAUGGAAGAUUCGCUUGUCAACGGCUCCAUUGGGCGAGUUGUCGCCUUCAUGGAUGAAGCGACAUUCGAAUACUAUCGCGACAAUGAGAGCGAGUUCGCCGGUGGGCAAGAUGCUGGGAGUGACGAUGAGAGACUAAACCACGCUCGCAAGAAGCUGAAGGGUCUUGGUAACAAGGAUGGAGGCGUUGUGGUAAGUCGAAAAUGGCCUCUUGUUUGUUUCGUCCAGCCAGAUGGAACGGAGCGGCACUUGCUCUGCCAACCAGAGGCUUGGAAGAUUGAGCUUCCGAACGGCGAAGUGCAAGCCCAGCGCCAACAGGUACCGUUGAUCCUCGCAUGGGCACUGUCCAUCCACAAAGCGCAAGGGCAGACUUUGCAGCGUGUCAAGGUCGACCUUGGGCGGGUAUUUGAAAAAGGACAGGCUUAUGUCGCUUUGAGUCGUGCAACCUCGAAAGCUGGUCUUCAAGUCACCAGAUUCGACGCACGCAAGGUCAUGGUACAUCCCAAGGUCACAGAAUUCUACUCGAACCUUGUUAGUAUUAGUGAUGUUCUUGCUCCGAAAAGCUCAAAGCCUCGCGAGCAUCAAGAAGCUGAGGAAGAUGGUCAAUUGGACGACGAAGAGCUCUUGCAGCAUCUAUACGGUUGA